AUGGUUAAGAGACUCAGUGGUCUGCAGCGAGACGUUCUCCAGAUGUACAGACAGUGCAUUAGACAAGCACAUAAGAAACCCGAGGCCAAUAGGCCAAACUUCAUAGGGUACAUCAGAACAGAGUUUGGCAAGCAUCGCAACCUGCCGCGAAAGGACUUUAGCACGAUAGAACACUUACUGAGGGUUGGACAUCGUCGACUGGAGAAUUUUUCGGCUGCAGAGGUUAAGGACAUUCACUAA